AUGGAGUCCAAACGAGAUAUCUACACGGGAAUAAUCGAGUCGACCACCUUCCAUUACCAAGCAUUCGCCGCCGAAAGGGAUGAGCUGCUGCAGCUGCUGCAGAAGGAGGUGGCCACGAAUGAGGCAUUGCGUCAAAAGCUAGAGGAGGAGGAUGAGUCCAAUCAGUGCAUCGCGGAACUCCAGAAGGCGGAGAUCAGUGCGCUGGCCAAGAAAGUGUUUGAGCUGGAGAAUAAGCUGGAGCAGAUCAAGGACGAGAACAGCUGCUGCAUCUGCCUAGAGCCCUGGCAGGCGGAUAGCGACCAUCGACGAAUCUCUUUGUACUGCGGACAUCUCUUCGGCGAAUGCUGCAUCCGCGAAGUCCUUUCAAACGCUGAAGCCUGCCCCGUUUGCCAUCAGCAAGCCGAUUCCAACCAGUUGCACUACAUCUAUGGUCCCGAAAACAUAAUAUCUUAA